AUGAACAUGAUGAUUUUCCUUUUGUUUAUCUUGUGUUUCACGCCAGUGUCGAUCUGCACAGAAGCAAAAGUAAAAGCCUGCCCGCCUGCUCCAUCCCUGCAAUGCACAAGCGAUGGAUGCGAAAUCUUCAAUUACCAGGGCAUAUGGGAGGACCGAUCCAUUUGUAAGGCGACCAACGUGGCAUGGCCUACCUCAGAACCCCAGCUCCUGCGCGCUGUUGCCCACGCUGUUCAGACCAACCAGAAGAUCAAGGUGGUGAGCAGACAUGCUCACAGUCUAUCAAAGCUCGUCUGUGUGGACAGCGAAGGACUCAUCAUUUCAACCCAAAAUUAUGACUCCGUCAUUGAAGUGAAUAGAAAGGCCAUGACAAUCACUGUCCAAUCCGGAACGAUGAUGAGUGAUGUGAUUGAAGCAGCUGCGAAGCAAGGCCUCGCUCUACCGGCCAUGACUUACAUCAGCGGAGUUUCUGCAGCCGGCGUUAUUUCCACCGGAGCCCAUGGCAGCAGUUUCGCCGGGAAAGGCAGCGGAGUUUAUGAAUACGUGGUGGGAAUGAGAAUCGUAGUUCCUGGUUCUCCUUUCGAUGGUUAUGCAAAGAUCAUAACUUUGACUGAAGCAGAUGAAGAUCUGAAGGCUGCCAGAUUGGCUCUGGGAACACUGGGAGCAAUUUCAGAGAUAACAUUCUCUUUGCGGCCCAUGUUUAAACGAUCGGUCUCCGUGUCAGCGAUUUUUGUAGCCAACGAUCGAGUUUCUGUUGAUGUUGCAGGAGACGGCAGCAAUUCAAUUCUUGGUACUCCCACCACAGUCGCGGACAUUGAAACAAGGGCUUAUCUGUUGGAUUCAGUCCAGGCAAAAGCCGACGUGGUUGCAAUUUGCAACCUUGUUGGUAACCGAACACUUCGAUCUGCGGCGAAUGGCUACGGGUUCUUGAAUCACGAAAAAGUUUUCACAGGUUACCCCGUGGUAGGUUUCAAUUAUCGUAUGCAGACAUCUGGUGAGUGCGAACAAGUCCCUGGACAAAAAGAUGAGAGGUGUACUCCAACCCAAAUUUUAGAUAAAAAUGAGACCACAUGUAGCUGGGACCGUCGCGUGCACACGUCUUUGUACUUUGACGUGGAAUUGAGAGUGCCUUUGUCUAGAUUCCGAGAAGCCAUGAAGGAUGUAAAGAAAAUAAGAGAUUUGAAUCCUGAAAGGAUGUGUGACCAAACUAUAAUAAGUUUGAGGUCUAUUAAGAAGUCUGAGGCGUACCUGGGACCCACUGAGGAUCUGGUGACGAUGGAGCUCAUAACCUAUCGACCAAGGGAAGCCGGUACGCCCAAGUGGAAUGAAGAUGUCUUUGAAGAGAUCGAACAGAUGGUGAUCGAGAAGUAUGGAGGGGGGCUGCAUUGGGGAAAGUCUGGAGGUUACUUGUUUGGAGGGUUGGCCAAACGGACUGUGAGUUUGGAAGGCUUUUUGAAGGUAAAGGAAAGGUUUGAUCCAGACGGAGUGUUUUCCAAUGACUGGACAGACGGCUUGUUUGGAAUUGGAGACAAAGGUGUGGAGGAGUUGAGAGAUGGAUGUGCACUAGACAAAUUGUGUAAAUGUAGAGAGGAUAGUCACUGUGCUCCAGAGAAAGGCUUUCUCUGUAAGGAAGGGAGAGUAUGGGAGUAUGCUCGUGUUUGUAGGAAGAACAAUAUGGAAAGCUGGUUUUUAACAUCUGAAUAA